CUUUCGAAUUGCUUGCAUGAACAUCAACCAAAGUAACACGUUCAUCUUUAUAGAAUUUAUCGUACAUAUCAAGACCCUUAUAUAUUGUUUAAGAAUCGAAAGUGUUAUUGAAUUGACCGUGAUGUCCAAGAAUUCUUUUUGAUAAGUAUUUAGCCACCAAUGAAAGCUUGUCGCUAAAGAAUGUAUUUUUUGUUUACAAGGUGAUAAUAAAACUUUUUUUACUUGUUAGAAAUACAAGAAGCUGUAAGGAUAGGAGUGGCUCGAAAAUUCAGAACCAAAGUUAGCCGACUCACAAGGGGCAUUACAAUUGAGUCUUCUGCUUCUAUAAUUAUCCUUCUCAAUAUUUAUAAAAUUAACGCGAAAAGAUGAAAGAUAUAGAAAUAUCCGUUUUUCCAUGAUAUAGUAAAUUCUAUAAAUAAAUGAUAAAGGAUAAAACUUACCUGAAAUGUCACCUCAUUGCCGACGUGUACUCGAAGGUGUGACAUCUCGCGUUGUCGGUGAACCAUAUUCAUCCAUAUUUUGGGGUGACUCGGCGAUUGUUGGAUCGACGAUUUCGGGAACAAUAUUAAAAGGCUGGUUAAAGCAUACACGUAUACAUACUCGCACGACGCACAAAACAAAUAAUCAUUCGCGUUUGGCGAGUUGCAAGUAGGCAAUAAUAGCCAUUCGCGCCGAUAGUCCUUUCACGGACAACGAUCAGAGAGGGAGAAGAGCGGUAUGAUUUGUCGUCAUUCGCCAAGUAUAUAAAGCUGGGAACCCGCAGGAGUAUAAAUUCGCCGACGCACCUCCAUAUACGGUCCCAGUAAUGGCAACGACAUCGAGGCGUUCUCUAGACGGAUGAUACAGCCGAGUGAUACAGAGUGCGAAGUGUUCUCUUCAUCCACAUCUUCAUCGUCAUCAUCAUUGACGUUGUCGUAACUCACAGCCACGAUGGUUCAUCGUGAGAUCAUUUAUUCGCUGAUCUGGUGUUUGCUGUCGUUUGCGACAUGUUUCCCGGCCGAGAAACUGCCGCUCAAUCAGCAAAAGUCAUUGUCCGUCCCCAGUCCAGAGAAAGAUUUGAUUCCGGUUCUGCUGUUCAAACGUGGACCACGUACGAUCGCGAAUCCGACAAUCUCGACGAACGUCAACAAUGACGUGGAAUGGAAGGAAUACCCCACCAUCUCGGACAUAGAUGGCAAAUUAGUCAGAAUUGUAACGGGAUAUUUCUCUUACAAAAGUCCCGAAGGAAUCUCCAUCUUCGUUCAUUACAACGCGGACAGCAACGGGAAUCAGGGCGGGUUCAAGCUGGGCGAGUUUCAACCAACCCCACCGCCACGGCCAGCGUAUCAUCCACCAAUCAUCAGAGGCGGCUAAUUUCGUCAUUUAUUCGCUAAUCCACGAGUAGAUUUGCGUUGAAAAGAGGUUCUUGUGCGACUGGUCGCAAGUUCGGUUAUUUCGACUUUUAGGCAGGCGAAAACUUGACAUAUUCUGAAUGAACACGUUAUGAGUCAUUGAUAACAACGUCAUUAUUUC